UUCUAUUCCCGUGAUAUGAAGGCAAUUAAGAAACAAUUUCUUGUCUGGUGCGAAUGUUUCUCUAUAGUGGUUGUAACUAAUUUUUAUUUGGCAUCGACGAACUGAGUUACUUUUUUUAUAUUAUGCAUUUAAACAGAAAUUGCUUAAUUGCUGACAGUUCAAAUUUUGUUUGUAAAAUUAUGUGUGUUAUUUUUUAUGACCAUUUAAGUUUAUGAUAAAUAAACUGAUUCAGAUAUGGGUUCUGAACUACAUUGUACCCAUGGUGCCUUAACAGAUUCGUUUGCGUGGUUAGUUCAAGGGAUACUGGCUUGUUUGGCAUUUACAUGUCUCAUUUUAAAAAGAUUUUGUGAACCUCGCAGACAGAGGAGGCCUUGGCUGAUUUGGUUCUAUGAUACAUCUAAGCAAGGGAUGGGAGCCUUAGUGAUUCAUUUUGCUAAUAUAUUUUUAGCUGAAUUUUUUCAAGGUGAUCCAUGUACUUGGUACAUAGUGAGCUUUUUGCUUGAUUCCUCUGCUGGGUUGCUGAUAAUUUUCAUUGGCAUCCGACUCACACAGCAUGUAUCUAGGAAAAGAGGCUGGGAUCAUUUGGUUUUUGGAGAAUAUGGCAAACCUCCAUAUGUAAAUGCAUGGCUGUCUCAGUGUGCUGUAUACAUAGCUUUAAUGCUUAUUGAAAAAAUUCUAAUAACACUUCUAAUUCAGUUAGACUUUUGGGAUCAGGUGCGCAAGAUUAUUAUGUCACCAAUUAAAGAUCCCAAAGUAGAAGUGGCAAUUGUUGUACUGAUUGUUCCUUUUAUUAUUAAUGUUUUCAUGUUCUGGGUUGUGGAUAAUUUCCUAAUGCAAAAACAUGGACGAUGGAAACAGUGUGUUGUAAAUGGUAAAGUCAAAAUCCAGUAUGAAAGAAGUGAUCAAGAAUCGUGUUCUGAGUCAGAAAUACUAUUGUCAGGUGAGGAUGAUCCUCUGGCAGUUGAAGUUACCUGUCAACAAAGACAUCCAAUGCUCAUUCCAGUCUCUUGAGCAAUUGUACACUUUGCCCAGUUUUGACCAAAGCAUAUAUAUAUCUAUGUACUGAAAACCAAAGAUAUAUCUUUUAAACAUAUGUGUAAUGUGUGCUGUUUAAUGUUAGAAUAAUUUGUGUUGAAAAUUUUAUAAAACUGUUAGCCUGUUUCAGUGCAAGUUCGUAUUAAUAACCUUAUUUGUAUUUUAUUUUAAAGCUAUCAAAUACACUAAGGUAACAGUUCCUCUUUUCUGAAAUACAAUAAUGUAAAAUUAAAAUAUUGACUUGUUAUAAAAUUUUAAAAAAUAUUAAAUUGGGGAAUUUUUUUUAAUAUAGUAAUCCCUCGAUUUUCAAAAGAUUAUUUUUUAUUGUUCUACAGUUAACAUAGUUAUCUGAGUCAGGUACAAGACCUUCAACUAUCCACUAUUUUAUUUGCUGACACUAAUCUGUGUAGGUACUAGACAAUUACUAAUUAUAGAUUUGCUGCAUGAUAAAAUAUCUGGCAUUUCAUCAUGUAACAAAUUCCAUAACUAUUUAAAAUUAAAUUAAAAGUUUGUCAUAGGUAAUUGUACCCUGAGUACAGUUUAAAGAUUUGCUGAACAUAAAACAGAAUUUUAAAGCUUAAGACUAAAAAUUUCAUUUAUCAGUAUUGAAAAUCUAAAAGUAAUGACCUUGAGAAGAAUGAAAUUUAUUCUGAAAAAUUGUGGUUCUUAUAGGUAAGGGUGAUAUCUUUUAUUGGAGCCCUUAAAUCUAUUUUGAUUUAGUAUUUUUUUAGGAUAAUUGAUAAAUCUAUAAAAUAACCCCCAGAUUCAGAAGUAAUAAACUUCACUAUCUUUGACUUCACUAUCCUGCAUGUAAUUUUUGCUUAGUUUUCAAACUUAUACUAAUCUUUAUGGGCAUACAGAUUUUUCUUUACUCUGCAUGCAGAGUUAAGUAUCUUAAAAAUAAUUUUCUGUGCCAUUUUUUUUUAAUUCUACCUCGCAGUUAAUUUGUUAUGUCUAGUAAAAAAUGGAAGGCAGUUUAAAAUAUUAGUAAAUUUAUAAGGAAGUUGAUUUAUAUUUAUUCUUAUGUUUAAUGUUCAGUCUCCUUGAGAAAUUGGUGAAUCUGUUGGAACUGCAUCUUGCAUUUGCAGAUGAUGAAGAUAAAACCGGGACUUAAAACUUUACUGGGGCUCAUAUCAAGUAGCUUUCAUAAUCUCUGUAUUUUAACCCAUUCACAGUACAUCUGCAAAAUUUUAGAACUCAUUUUUUUAACCAGUUUUAAUAGAGUUGCCCAACAAUAAUUGUUACUAUUAUUAUUUAAUCUUCUAAUUCAAGAAUUACUAAUUGAGUGCUUGUUAAUGCAUCUCAUUUGCUUUCUUUACACAAUGUCUUAUAUUGAGCUGUAUCCAUUUCGUGUUAUGGAUUCAAAGUAUAAACAAUUAGAAGCAAUGAAGUUUUCACCAGACAAAUGCACCUAUCUUCAAGUAUUUAUUAUAAAGAAAAGUGUAAGCAUUCUAAAUCAUCCUUUUCAAGAUUUGAAACAUAUUUAAACUACUUUCUAGUUCUGAAAGUGAAUUCUUACCUUAAUGGCAUCUUCUGAAAAAAAUUCUGAAUUGUAUAAUAAAGUAUAAGGUUGAAGAGUAUUCUUACUACUAAUUUUUAAAAUAGUAUACAAAAGCUCUUUGAACAUGACAAGAAAUGUAUGGUGUUAGAAGGAUGAACAAUAAAAUUGUUUUCCUAGAA